AUGAUGGCGCCGGCUUACGACAUCCAGACCUACUUGCUCGACAAGUCAAACAUCGAAGAUACCAUCCAGAAGCAGGUCCUGUACUACGACUUAAAGGACGUAUCACUUCUGGAGCAGGAGGUUUAUGCGCCAGAAUGCAUCAUCGAUUAUACUGCCAUGUUCGGCGGCGAGCCGUGGCAUACAACAAGCAAGGACUGGGCAAAAGAGGUGGUUGAACUCACGGGAACUCUGGACUCGGCACAGCAUUAUCUUUCUGGCAUCUUAGUUCGACUGCCACAACCCGGAUCUAAUGGCAAUGGCAGGCCGGAGACAUGCACGGCGAUUGCGAACGGUGGGGCGCAUAUGGUGCGACAGGAGGCCGAAGGUGGACAACUUCUCCACAAUGGUGGACGACAAGAUUAUGAGGUCGUGCGUUUGCCCGAGCUUGAAGAGCAGGGCGAAAACCCGUGGAGGAUUCGUACUCAGAAAAUCACUCCACUUUGGACGAAAGGAAAUCCUCGAGUACUCGAACUCAUGAAUGGGGGUAGUAUCAUACCCAAGUGA